AUGGCAAUUGCAAGGAGAUACAACUUGGAGUUGAGACAGCCAGCUGCAGAUAAUCACGACUACUGUGAUGUUUCGAACGCCAUGGAACUAUCUGAGUAUAAAGAGGUGGCCAUAUCGUAUAUCGCUGGGUAUGUGGUGAAGAUGGUGGAGAAAAAGAUCCACUGUCCGCAAUUAAUCUGUCAUUUGAUUGGUUGGUGCUAAUUAGAUUAUACUAUGACCAGUUGUUGAUAUAUUUUUUGUGAUCACAAAAAUUGUGAUCUGAAAUUGUCAUUGUGUGAAAUUUAAAUUUCUCCUGAGUCCUGUGAGAUUUUGAUUGAAUACUAAAUAUAAACUUUGCUGUUGGUGGAAAUUGAUCGGAUCCGAUUACUACCAUUUGCAAGCAACCGCAAAAUCCAAACUUUUCACGUUUGUUUACGUUUCAAACGUACACGAUGGGCGGGUCAAACGUGCAUGUUGAAACGUAACAACAAUUAGUUUGAACCGCCAAAUAGUGACGUUUUAUAAAUCCCGCCCACACGUUUGAACAACGUGAAUGCAUGUUUCAAUUCAUUGUUUUCACGUUUUUUAAAUAUUUGACCUUGUAAAAAAUUAAUGUGAGUAUGCUAAGAAGAUCAUACCAUUCUGGAAAAGCACUUGAUACCGACCUUAGACACCUGAUCAUAGACGAGUGUAUAAACUCUGGUGGUGAUACGAUUUCUGGAUAUUUGCCUGUCACGUAUGUGUCAGUAGCGAGCCGGUUUAACGUUGCUGUGAGUACAGUUUCAAAAAUUUGGGAAAAUUUUUGCUUCAGAGAACGACGAGUUGACCCGUUACCUAAGGGAGGAGAUCGUUGUAGCAAGCUGUCCGACGGAGAUCUCGAACUUAUAGAGUUUCUUAAGACAGUGAAAGGUUCAAUACAGAUCAAAGAGUUGUAUUCUGUGUUGGAAGAGGUCGGUGAUGUUGGGGAAAUUUCGAUGUCGUCAAUCUCAAGGGCAAUAAAAUCCAAACUUCUCUCAGGGAAACAAUACACAAGAAAGCGCAUCACCCACGUCGCAAGAGAAUGUUUUACUGACGAGAAUAUGAUAUAUACUCAGUUAUUCAUCAAUUAUUUGUCUUCCAAAGAUCCAAGAAUUAAAUUUUUUGAUGAGGCCGGGAUGAAGACACCAGAUGUUGGGACGCGUAUGUAUGGAAGUGCACCGAUCGGCGAACGUUGUGUUGAAAUUGUCAGAAAAAGAGAAACUCCUAAUUUUACUUUAAAUCUACUUAUUUCCAUUCACGGGCCCGAAUAUUACAACAUUCUCGAAGGUUCUACAGAUACUAUACAAUUCUGGAAUUUUUUUUCGGAAACUUGUAAUGCUUCGAACUAUGUGACUGGUCGCCCAGCCCUCGAAGUAGGGGACAUUGUUGUAAUGGAUAACCUGGCUGUCCAUCACUACGAAGGAGGAGAAAUCCUUGAAGAGGUGUUGGCAGAGAUGGGAAUAGAACUAUUGUUUACUCCAACUUAUUCUCCAGAUCUUAACCCUAUCGAACUUUGUUUUAAUAAGAUUAAAAACGAAUUAAACAGACAUUUCUCAGAAGACGUCCAUAAUAAUCUGAAAUUAUCUGUAGCUGAGGCUAUCGACCGAAUCUCGUCAUUGGAUGUUAGAAGGUUUUAUCAUACGACGUCGUAUCUUUUCCCUGAGGUGUAG